AUGAUCUACGACCUCAACAUUGCGUGGUCGCCCUCCACGACGUCCGAACGUCUCCUCCAGACCCUCUCUCUCGCCUCUUCCCUCGGGUACUCCACAGUUGCUCUGAACCACACGCUGGAGCUCCCAUUCCCCGCGAAUCCCACGGCGCCCUUCCCGUCACAUCUCGAGUCGUCGCCUUCGCGAAAACUGCCCGCCCUGCUGCGCCGUGCUACUCUUCCCCUCGACGACCCAGCCGCCUCCAACUACCGCUUACAGUCCCUCGUCAGCGUGUACGAUAUUCUCGCAGUUCGCCCCUCGACCGAAAAGGCAUUCCAAAAUGCCUGUCUCACGCUCGACAUCCCCAUCGUCUCUCUCGAUCUCACCUCGCACUUUCCCUUUCACUUCCGCCCCAAAUCUUGCAUGGCCGCCGUCGCCCGUGGCGUUCGUUUCGAAAUUUGCUACGCCCAGCUGCUUGCCGCCGACAACCGCGGCCGCGCAAACUUCAUCUCCAACGCCACCAGCAUCAUUCGCGCCACCCGUGGACGUGGCAUCAUCAUCAGCAGCGAGGCUAAGACGGCCCUCUGUCUGCGAGGUCCGGCAGAUGUCAUCAAUCUGUUGAGCGUGUGGGGGCUGGCCAGCGACAAGGGCCUCCAAGGUCUGCAAUCUGUUCCGCGAAGCGUCGUUGUUAACGAAGGAAUAAAGCGGAAUGGCUUCCGUGGCGUCAUCAACGUGCUUCAAGUCGCGUCCAGGGCUGUCAAUGAUACGAAUCCGGCAUCCUCGGGUGACAAUGACAAUGAACCGAGCACGGGUACCGACACCGGGCGGAGCGGCAAUAAAUCAAAGAUCCAAAAACGCAAGCAAGGUGAAGGAGAUGGCCAAUCUAUGAGCAGCAGACAAACGAAGAAGCUGAAACUUGCCGCUCGCUCGGCUGGACAAGACGGAAAUCCCAUCUCAUGA